AGUUGUGCGAGUUAAGCAACAGCUUAACGCGAUCAAAAAUUCCGCAAAUCAGAUUGAUAUAUUUCAGAAACAGUUCAUUUAUGAUAGUCAAAAGCGUCCCGAACAGACGAAUGAUGAGCAGACGGAUGAAGAAAUAUUGGGCGAGAGUGAUCAUAAACGGAAAACGAAACGUACCAAAAUUGAGCAUUUCUUCCCUGUGCGUAACAAUAUUCAACCUGAUCAACGAUCAUUUGAUAAUGUGAAUAAUGAUGAGGAACUGUCUGGUAUCACUUUGGUGCCACCAGAUGAUAAUUCUAAUAUUCAAGAGCAGUAUCACCAGCUGGAUGGAGAAAAGCGAUACCAUUUUAUCAAUUGAUGAUAUCCCAUGUGAUCUGACGUUUGAAAAUGAAGUUACGACUAAUGAUAUUUUAAUAGGAGAAACUAAUGUAUCUCUGUUAUUCCGUAAUUAUCAAAACAAGUCACUGGAGCUUGCGAGAACUAAGGGUUUAUUUGUAGAGACCAACGUACAUGAAAUAUUAUCAUUAUCCUCGAUCUUGUUGCUAACUACGAAUUCACAUUCAAACGUCAUGAUUGAUCUUUUUGGCUCACCGUCACUCGAGCAAAUCCAUCAAGAAUUCAUGCCAGAGCAACAAAUUGAAUUAGAUCCUAAGUGUGAAUCGACAUUUAGGAAAGCCAUUAAGAUGGCAAUGAAACAAUCAUGUGAGGAUGCCACAAAUUGGUUCUAUGGACAGCUUGCCAAUGAAAACAAUUUAAGAGAGAAUGCGGGUUGUACCAUCUCGGAUUGUUUAAGGACAUUGCCUAUGUCAACCAUAAAAAACGAUCAUAGCGAAACGACUCAUAUCACGAAUUAUCUUGACCGGAUCAUGAGAGGAUUCUUUGAUGAUCCGAAUCGACAUAUUGUUCAAUGGCCGAACACAGCACUGGAAGAAAGUAGGGCCAGAAAGUUUGAAGGUCGAACAAAACAACCCGAUUUCACAGUUUCCGUCAUUCAUCAGUUACAAACAAAAGCAGUUUAAUUUGUAGGAGAAGUUAGUCCUCCGUCACAAAAAAAUAAAGUAUUUAAAAACUGUAAUGAUCUCAUCCGCGUUGGUGUCUUUAUGAAGGACUGUUUAGAUUCGGCCAUUGACAAAGGCGCUGAUGUGAAAAUAAUAGGUUUUCAAUGUGUUGACUACAAGGUUGAUUUUUAUAUUAUGGAUCUAGUUAAAGGAAUAUAUACCAUGCUCCAUGUUGGUCAUACAACAUUUCCUGCUUCAAUAAAAGAGAUGCUCUCGUUUGUUGAUGAAAUGGAAUUGCUUCUAAAAGUACGAAAAAUUUUU